AUGCUACUCCAUCCCACAAUUGUCACCCGAGCAACUUCUCGUCGCAUCUGGGCGCAGUGUAUGCGCAAUAGAGGUUUCUCUACCAGCUUGGAAGCACCUGCAGAAGAAGGCCAACACUUCGCUGUAAUUUUGGGCAAGCCCGGUGGUGGCAAAGGUACCAUUAGCAAGAAGAUUCUCGACGAUUUCCCUCAGUUUCAUCACAUCUCCACUGGAGAUUUGCUACGACAACACGUUCGUGAUGGUACAGCUUUGGGAAACGACGCCAAGAAAUAUAUGAACGCUGGAGAAUUGGUGCCAGAUGAGCUCAUGAUUGGAUUGGUAAUGGAGGAGACCACUCCCAACUUGGAAGACGGAAAGUCGUUGCUCUUGGAUGGCUUUCCCAGAACUGUGGUCCAAGCAAGGGAACUCGAAAAGUCUGUGCACGUGGAUCUAGUCAUUAACUUGGAUGUUCCCACCGAUACGAUUGUCGAGAGAAUAGCAGAUCGUUGGAUCCAUCCGGCUUCAGGACGUAUUUACUCGUACUCGUACAAGCCCCCCAAGGUACACGGAAAGGAUGAUGAAACGGGGGAAGAUCUCGUGCAACGCCCUGAUGAUCAGCCAGACAAGGUCCGAGCGCGAUUGAGUUUGUACGAUGAGGCAACUUUGCCCUUGGUCGAAUAUUAUGAGGGCAACGGUGUGUUGAGAUCGUUCCAAGGAACGAAAAGUGAUGUUAUAUAUCCUGAAGUGCAAAAGUGGUUAGACGGGCAAUUUGAAGUUUAA